AAAUAAAAAAAAAUAAAAAUUUACCAUCAUGUAAAUCAAUAAUACAUAUAUAAACAAACAAAUACACCAUGGUUCGAUUUUCAAGCUCAAAAAGGACAACAUGAUCGCUGCUACUUACGAUUGUGGUUGUAUGCCACCUAAAAUCACUCAUCUACAUCCGAAUUGUUCUAAAUUGUUUGCACCCGAACAAACCCAACGACAAAAAUGUACUGUGGUACGAUGUCAAACUGCUCCUCCUCCUUCAUGCCCGAAUAGCCCUUGCUGCAAGUUUUUAAGCCGUUCAGCGACUUGUCGAACUGCAAUCACUUCUUGUCCAAAUUUCGAUAAAAUACACGAUUGCAUGUGUUGUUCCGAGCCACCAAGACAUUCUGAAACUCCAAACGAUUGUAAAUGUGAAGCAGAAGAUGAUAAAAAAGAACAAUGUAAUCCUACGGAUUCUUCGGUCAAAAAGACUGAAAUAGUUUCGAGGAUAGUUAAAAAAGGACUUCCAUAUAAGGAGAUCGAAGCGAUAAUUAAUAACAAUCGUAUGGUAAUUAGAAUGCAAAAGGAACCGGUUGAAGAUGAGUUCGAACCACCUUGCGAUUGUCCGGAUGUACCAGGAAGGGUGCAACCAACGUCCUCCACCGUAUUAGAUUCAUCGAUAUCUCCGAAAUAUCGAAACGACAUUGUUUAUCAAAUGCAGGAUUUGUGUAAGGGAUACAAAUGUUCAGGUCAAAAUUCGAUGAUUAGACAGAGCUGCGAUCAGGAUGGUAAAGGAGGACGUACUAUAAUGGUGUAUCCCCAUCCUGGAAUAAAAGAGAAAUUACCUGAAAUUUCUCCAGAAGAAAAGGAUAAGGAUAGAAAAGAGAAAAAGGAGAAAAUGAAACUGUCCAAGCAAAUUGAUCUCGAAGAAAAUCCAAAUAUAUUUGUCUUUAGGAUUCGAAAACAUUCCGCUGAUAGCGAUGGCAAACAUAAAUUCGAUUUCGAAUUUCGAACUCCGCGACCGUGGUUGUCGCGAAAGGAACCUGCACAAUUAAAAAUUCCUCGUGAACAACGAGAACCUACUACAACGGUAAAAGGGAAAAAGGGUGCUAAAGGGGAAAAGAAAAAGAAGAAGAAGAAGAAGAAAAAGAAAUGAGAUCAUUCGGAUCCUUUCGAAAAUUUUUUCGAAAACCUUUUUUUACUUACGAUAACUUCUUUUCCAUUUUUCUUUUGUUUCUUUUUUUUUCUUUUUCUUUUCCCUUUGCUUUUCCUUUUUCCUACGAUAACCACACAACAGCUGUUUUCUUUGGAUCGUUCAAUGAAGCGAAUGAUCCGCUCCAAUUUUCUUCCCACGAGAUCGUUUUUCUUCCCUUGGACGCAACACCGUCACUAAUUUCUAAAUCUAAUCGGGAAAAUCAAAUUUCCGGAUCAUGCAAGAAUUACGCGUCUCUAUCAUUUAUUAUUAACCUUUUCGAUUUGUCCCGGACACCACAUACCAUUUUGUUAGAAUCGAAAAGAAUCAUGGUCCUACAAAAAAUUGUAAAAAUUGUCUUCUUUCUUCUCUUUUUUUUCAUUUAUUUUUUUUUCUUUUUUUUUGGAACCUCGAACUAUAUUGUACACAUUUUAUUUGGAAGUAAAUGAAUUUAUAAAAAAAAAAAAAAAUACACAAAGAAAAGAAGAAAAAUAUACAAGUAUAUCAAUUUUCUUUCAUUCGUUAUAUUAAUUUUUUUUCUUUCAUAAUUCAUAAUGGUUAUUAUUUGUUAUGGUACAAUAGGAAGCAACGAAUUUGAUCAAUGCUCUUGGAAUUUGGUAAUAAAGGAUGUUUCACACAUAAAUACAUACAUACAUAUAUAUAUGUAUAUAUAUAUAUAUAUUGAAAAAUAUCACGUUCACGAAAAGAUAUUCUCACGAUUCAAGAUGAGAAGUCAGGUGCUUUCUUGAAUGGACUUCUUCGAUACCAUUCAUUCUUCUCAUAGACUAGAAUAGCCACCCGCCCACUAAAGAGCCCAUUUUUUGGGAGCACUGAAUUCGUAGGGUGAAAAAAAAAUGAAAUAGAAGAAAAAGAAGAAGUAGAAGGAAGGAAGAAUAGUUAUAAGAAAAACGAUUUCUUAGGGUAGCAAAAAAGACGAGAUCGACUUGUUGUCAGAGAGAAUUACGAUUGUCGUAAACGGGGCUUGACACUCCCAACUCUCUUUUCCUCU